CCUCCCUGACCCCUGUUUCAAUCCCUGCCUCAUCCCAGUGUUUGGACCAGUUGACCAUCGCUGUCCCUGACUUCAGCCUCACUCUCGCCUCAUAUCAGCCGAGGUAAACACUUUAGAGGACAGCUCUGCUUUUUGGGGAAGAAGAGGGAACAUUUUCUCUGCAUAUUCUUACUCGAUUAAAAUAAAGAAAAGCGAAACAAAAUGUCCUCCAGUGAGCGGUUUGACUGCCAUUACUGCAAAGACUCUUUGUUGGGGAAGAAGUACAUCAUGAAAGAGGACACGCAGUAUUGUACAAAGUGCUAUGAGAACCUAUUUGCUAACUGCUGUGAAGUGUGCUCUUCACCUAUUGGCUGCAACUUCAGGGACCUGUCCUAUAAGGAUCACCACUGGCACGAGCAGUGCUUCAAGUGUGCAAAGUGCAGCCGCUCACUGGUAGAGAAGGCCUUUGCAGCCAAGGAGGAUUUAUUGCUUUGCACUGAAUGCUACGCACAUGAUUACUCGUCCAAGUGCAGCACCUGCAAGAAGACCAUCAUGCCAGGUUCCCGAAAAAUGGAGUACAAGGGGAACAGCUGGCAUGAGACUUGCUUCCUGUGUCACCGCUGCCAACAGCCAAUAGGAACCAAGUCUUUCAUCCCCAAAGACUCUGGCUACUUUUGUGUGCCCUGCUUUGAAAAGCAAUUUGCAUACCAGUGCUGUGCUUGUAAGAAGGCCAUCACCACGGGUGGUGUGACCUAUCAAGAUAAGCCGUGGCAUCGUGAGUGCUUCCUCUGCAUCGGCUGCAGAAAGCAGCUUUCAGGGUAUCGCUUCACUUCCAGGGAAAAUUACCCCUACUGCCUGGAGUGUUUCAGUAACCUGUAUGCAAAGAAGUGUGUUGGUUGCACCAAACCCAUUUCUAGUUUGGCAGGUGCCAAAUAUAUCUCAUUUGAGGAGCGUCAGUGGCACAGCGAGUGUUUCACCUGCAUGCAGUGCUCUGUGUCACUGGUGGGACGCGGCUUCCUCACGCAGCGGGACGACAUUUUGUGCACCGACUGCGGCAGGGAGAAAUGACCUGUGCAUGACAAGUUCACCCACGAUGCAGCGACUUAUGUUCUGUUUUGUUAAUAUGUUAAUCGGUGUUAGCUUGGAUGGUGCUGUUACCGCAUAAAGUGAUCAACAUUUUCUCAUUUUGCUUUAAUGUAGUGUUCUUUUGUGAAAGUCAUCAUAAUGGCAUUCACAUCAAUGCUAUUGUGACAGUUGGUGCUUAUACAAACUUCUCAGUUUCCUAUAUACAGUACAUGUACAAUCAUGGUGCUUUAUGCAAACAUACUUAUUCAUUUUGACCUCAGUGAAAUAAUGUUUGUUUUUAAACCGUAGAACAAAAAUAUGUGAGAAAAAAACUAAAUUACGUGGUGCUUUAAAAAAAAAAACACUAUCUGCAGCCUUGCAUGACCCUUGCACAUUAAUGCAUGCAAAUAUACUCGCAAAGAAUCGCAAAAUAACAUAUGAGUUUGCUCAAUAUAUAAGACGUUGCUGCAAUAAAGUUUUCUAAUGCC